AUGCUGAGGGAGUUCCCGGACCCUGUCACCGGCUUCCCUCUCCGCUGGGAGGCCGCCAAAGAGGGCGCGGCCCCUUUGACGUCCCUGGACCACCCGCACGUCACGGACCCAGCGGCCCUGAGCCGCUACCAGGCGAAGCGCGUGGCCGCCCGCCGCGCGGGCUCCACCUACGCGUACGACCUUCCCGGCAUGCUCCAGCUCGCGCUGACCAUGAA